CCCUCAUCUCAGCGACCGUUUGCGAAUUCAAAUAGUAGGCAAACUGACUUUUCGCUAAGUCAUGCUGCCUCAUCACACGCACCAAGAUGGUGGAAUUGCAGACGCGGGAACAGAGUUUUCCUUAGAACAGGAUCCAGUCGCUCCUCAGCUUUCGCGAUCAGCUCAGAGGAGCACGACUUCACCAUCAGGAUCCAAGAUCCCCCGUUUUUUUCGGCUAUCUAACGGCGCCAAGAAAAGUCAAUCAUCGAACCCCCCCGAUGAUGUUGCGACGGAUACGAAUUAUUCCACAGAAGGGAAAAGUCAUCCGGUUCCAAAAGCAAAAAGGACCGUACAGGUAAAGCGUGGCAAUAAGCUACUCCGCCUGUUUGGAGUUGAACGUACUUCUGUUCAUGAUCUUCAAGUUAUAACAGUCGACGAGUUCCCUGAUGGCGAGGCUGAGACGCAAUACGAGAAAUACAUCGACUAUCUCCGCAAUGCACCUCCAGAGAAGAAUCCCUUGGGUCAUUUCCGUAAGAUCAGCAGAAUGCUGAUGCCCCAGCGCGCGUUGGCCUCUAAAAUGGGUAGAGAAAGUCAGGAUCUCCCUGUCCCUUUCAUUCAAUUCACAGGACUGUACGACGAGGGAGAGGUGAUGUUUUUGCAUGCGGCAUUGUUUCGCGUAAGAUAUCGCCCUCCUAUGCCUGUAUGCUAUGUUGUACAGCAGAUCGGAUUCCUGGCAGACGAGGGCAUCGAGGUUGAGACACUGAACGCCAAUCCAGGCACUCUUUGCGGUGCACUAGUCGCCAUCGGUACGGGGAAUAACCGCCGAAUCAGUACUAUCGGCGGCGUUAUCGAAAGCAGCGAUGAGUAUUUGGCUCUCACCACCAGCCACCGUUCUAAUGACACAGUCGAUGCUUCACAUCGGAUCAAGAGCUUCUUCUCUAUGCUCGACGCCAAACUUGAUGAAGACGAAUACGGGGAUGAUAUUCCUCCGCCGCUCGUGGUAGACACGGUCCAUACCCACAAAAGACCAACUGAGCAACUACUGGAUGACAAGGCUACCGCUAGUACGGCUUCUGAUAGAUCUGAUGCUGGUCCCUUAGGCAAAAUCCUACACACUGGAACUGAUUGGUCCUUAUUGCGAUUGGCCGAUCAGCUAGUUCCGCCAAACUGCAUUGAUGAGAGACUAGUGACGCUGGGUGAACAGCCUCUCGAGGACAUUCUGAAUGACGUGGUCUUUUUGAGCCGUGCCGCUUCGGAGCCAGAGGCCUGCGAAGUUCUUGUUUGUGGAGGGCGAGGCGGAUUGAACAAGCUUGACCUUACAAAGAGGCCGGCCGAUUUGAUGCUGCCUUCAGGGGUCUGGAUACGACCUUGGAAAGCAAAACAUAAGCCAGCUUUGGGAUGCAAACUGCAACGAGGAGACUCCGGUGCUUGGGUCGUGAAUAUCAACAACCGCACCGCCUAUGGCCACAUCAUGGCUGCCACAUCAGAUGACGUAUUGAUACAACCUCUUGUGGAUAUCUUCCAGGAUAUUCAGAAUCAGAAGAAACUGGAAGUCAAGAUAGCAUCGCCGUUUGGGCAGCUAGCAAAUCUUGCCAAGCACUACUAUUUCAGUGACGAACAUCACCUGGCAGUUAGUCUUGCGCGAAAAGCUUUGGAUCCAGUAGUGAUAUCUCAGUCAACUGAGGGACUACAAGUAACAGCCAUGCUACAGGGCUUUAUGAAGCAUACCGACAAAGGGAAUAAGUUCCUAUCGAAGUAUUCCAGAAACCAUCUCGCCGACUUCCUUACAAAUCUAAUAAUGUGUACCGGGCGAAACAUUGACCUCAUUCGCUCCCCUACAUGGACCGAUGAUUGGACAGCUAUGUUUGGUACUCCGAUGAGUAUGAUAGAACAUGUCAACUAUCUGAAAGGAGCUGGAGGCCUGCCGACACUUGAUGAAAUUGAGGCGGCGUCAGGUCGGAAGACGGUUUCAGAUCAGGAUCCUCCGAGCACACAUUCCCGAGUCAGGGGCGUAACGGCUCAAAGACACCGCGAGAACCGAGCUUCAAGGGCCCAGAAGAAAAUUAUAAAGCAAGCAUAUGAUUGGGUGUCGAGGCUUUUCAGCCAUUCCGAAAUGCAAUUCACAAUGGUCGGACUACCAGGUUGCGGUAAAUCAGAUCUUCUCCGUGGCAUCACACACCAUGAUUCAGCCACGGCCUCAAUGUCCACCGUCGGGUUCAGCACCACACGUAUACAACGAAACGGGGUCAUCGCGAAGAUCUGGGAUCUUAGUGAAGAUGUUGAGUGGCGACUGAACUGGGGAAAAUACUCUCGAGGAGUCGACGGCGUCAUGUUUGUAGUGGACACAGGAGAUACAGAGCUUUUACCUCACGUUCGUCGACAGAUUCUCAUGCUAAUGAGUCAGCCUACCCUUUCUGGGGUUUCACUUAUAGUAUUCGGGAAUAAUUGUAGUAAUCAGAGGGGAUUAACGAUAGAGGAGUUGAGAAAGAAGUUGGAGUUAGAGCAGAUAAUGAAUGGUCGACGUGUUGAUUUCUGGGUUGGUGAUAGAGCGAAUUUUGAUGAGUUUCUCGACUUCUUGGUUAAGUGGAGGAAUGAAUAAAGAUUCUAGCCAUGACAUGCUCAGAGAAACAAAGUUAGGUUCUUUGGCCAGGCACAUUUACUUUAUGGAUAUUCGGGGGCAUAAGGAAAGGCUGUGAUAUACAGACAGUGAUGGGAAUAUACGAAUGGAUGUCUCUGGUUUUCUACAGUAGAAGCGUGCAGGUGUCAAAAAUUAGAAAUACAUUAGUAUUUAUGGCUGAAUUAUCUACAUGAUGCAUACUAACCACGCCUUAGUAAUUAGAUUUCUCG